GACUCGGCUGGGCACGGGACAGCCAACGGCGGUCGCCUGAGCGGUGGCGACCCCGGGGCACGCCGUGACCGCCCGCCUUCGGAGCCGUGAAGGAGUUGCGUUUAGGGAGCUCCCUGUCCCCCGCUGGGGGUCUAGGCAGGUCUGUCACGAGAUGAGGCCCCUUCCUCCCACCCGUGCUGUCUCCCUCGGCGUGGGGAGAAGCGCGCGCUCUUUUGGGAACGCCGCCUUCCGUAGUCGGCCUCCUACCCAGAGACUCGGUUUGUAACCAUGAAUAUGGUUUCUAGUUUUAGGGUUUCUGAGUUACAAGUGUUACUGGGCUUUGCUGGACGGAAUAAAAGUGGGCGCAAGCAUGACCUCCUGAUGAGGGCGUUGCAUUUAUUGAAGAGUGGCUGCAGCCCUGCGGUUCAGAUUAAAAUUCGAGAAUUAUAUAGACGCCGAUACCCACGGACACUUGAAGGACUUUCUGACCUUUCCACAAUCAAAUCAUCGGUUUUCAGCUUGGAUGGUAGUUCAUCACCCGUAGAACCUGACUUGGCUGUGGCUGGAAUCCACUCGUUGCCUUCUACUUCAAUUACACCUCAUUCACCAUCAUCUCCUGUUGGCUCUGUGCUGCUGCAAGACACUAAGCCCACCUUUGAGAUGCAGCAGCCAUCUCCUCCCAUUCCUCCUGUCCAUCCUGACGUGCAGUUAAAAAACCUGCCCUUCUAUGACGUCCUUGAUGUUCUCAUCAAGCCCACGAGUUUAGUUCAAAGCAGUAUUCAGCGGUUUCAAGAGAAGUUUUUUAUUUUUGCUUUGACACCUCAGCAAGUUAGAGAGAUAUGUAUUUCAAGGGACUUUUUGCCUGGUGGCAGGAGAGACUACACAGUCCAAGUCCAGCUGCGACUUUGCUUGGCAGAGACCAGUUGCCCUCAAGAAGAUAACUAUCCCAAUAGUUUGUGUAUAAAAGUCAAUGGGAAACUCUUCCCUUUGCCUGGCUAUGCGCCACCACCUAAAAAUGGGAUUGAACAGAAGCGCCCUGGACGCCCCCUGAACAUUACGUCUUUAGUUAGGUUGUCUUCAGCUGUGCCAAAUCAGAUUUCUAUUUCUUGGGCAUCUGAAAUUGGAAAGAAUUACUCCAUGUCUGUGUAUCUUGUACGACAGCUUACAUCAGCCAUGUUAUUACAGAGAUUAAAAAUGAAAGGUAUUAGAAAUCCUGAUCAUUCCAGAGCACUAAUUAAAGAAAAACUUACUGCAGACCCUGAUAGUGAAAUUGCUACAACUAGUCUUCGAGUGUCCUUGAUGUGCCCUUUAGGAAAAAUGAGGCUGACAAUCCCGUGCCGUGCAGUGACUUGUACACAUCUGCAGUGCUUUGAUGCUGCCCUUUAUCUUCAGAUGAAUGAGAAAAAGCCCACCUGGAUCUGUCCUGUUUGUGACAAAAAGGCUGCGUAUGAGAGUCUGAUACUAGAUGGGCUUUUUAUGGAAAUUCUCAAUGACUGUUCUGAUGUGGAUGAGAUCAAAUUCCAGGAAGAUGGUUCUUGGUGUCCCAUGAGACCUAAAAAAGAAGCUAUGAAAGUAACCAGCCAGCCCUGUACAAAAGUAGAAAGUUCAACUGUCUUUAGUAAACCUUGUUCAGUGACUGUAGCCAGUGAUGCAAGCAAGAAGAAGAUAGAUGUUAUUGAUCUAACAAUAGAGAGUUCUUCUGAUGAAGAGGAAGACCCUCCCGCCAAAAGGAAAUGCAUCUUUAUGUCAGAAACACAAAGCAGUCCAACCAAAGGGGUUCUCAUGUAUCAGCCAUCUUCUGUAAGGGUGCCCAGUGUGACUUCAGUUGAUGCUGCUGCUAUCCCACCUUCAUUAACAGACUACUCAGUACCAUUCCACCACACGCCAGUGUCAAGCAUGUCCUCAGAUUUGCCAGGUUUGGAUUUUCUUUCCCUUAUUCCAGUUGAUCCCCAGCAGUACUGUCCUCCUAUGUUUUUGGAUAGUCUCACCUCACCCUUAACAGCAAGCAGUACGUCUGUCACCACCACCAGCCCCCAUGAAAGCAGUACUCACGUUAGUUCAUCCAGCAGCAGGAGUGAGACAGGGGUCAUAACCAGCAGUGGGAGGAACAUUCCUGACAUCAUCUCUUUGGACUAAAGGCGGACAUACUUGAUUCUGGGAAUCAUGCAUCAAAACUCUUUCUUGGAUGUUUAGUCCAUGGAAGCUGAUUUUUGCAACUUAAUAUUUAUUGAAAUGUCAAAUGGAUUCUUUGCUCUCUGAGAGAUGAACAUCGAUGACUUCAGCAAGAACCAGAUGACAUGCAAGGACUUUUCUUAUGCUGUACACAGAGCAUCGGAUCUUUCUCAUCCACAACGGUGGCUUGUGGGACAGUUGAUUUCAGUUUCUACGUUACUGGAUGGAUUCUACACACCAGUUAAUCUUUUGUUACAAUAAACAGCAAUAAAGUUAUGUAAAUAGUUAACUUUUCUAAUUAAAGAUGUAAUCACUGAUAUAGACUAACAACAACUUCUGUUUAAUCCAGUAUGAAGGAAAAAUAGAAGAAGUCUUAUUUCCUGAAUGAAUACUUUCUAUGGAGAUUUGUUCUAUUUUGUUGAAGUAAUGAAGUGUCAAUAACUGGCCAGAAUUUGGGUUCUACUUUUCUUCUUUAGGUUUUCUGUUCUUCAUGAUCCCAUCAAAGCAAAUAAUCUUUGUACUGUGCAUUUUUCUCUUGUCGUUUACGCUUUGAUGUUGUUUGCUGAUAUGUGCAGAGUAAAGUGCUGGGACUUGGUUGCUCUUUAUAAUUAUGUUUAAGAAUACUACACAGAUGUUCUGAUAUAAAGUGUUAUUUUAUUUUGGGUUACUAUACAUUCUUGUAGAAUUUUCUACAGAUUUGAGACUUUUUUUUUCCCCCCCAGAAAGUCACAUCCUUUGAGUGAAAUAUGCUUGAGCUAAGUUGUGGCUAGAAUACUGGUAGGAUUUUCUUCACAGUGUUCAAAAAUGUUUAAUGUUGGGAAACAUCAGAACAUACUUAGGAGAGGUGGAAAUAACUGAAUUCUUCCUACGAAUUUAAUUGAUUUCAUAUAUUUUACAGGGUAAUAUAGUAUACUAUCUUGGUUGGAAUUCUUCCCAUUUUAAUGGCACUAAUACAUAAAUUUAAGAUCUCUGAUCAUAAUUCUUAUCAAUAUAAUUUCUGCAGUGACUUUCAAGUUUAAAGAAAAGUCAGUGGUAAAUGACAGAGGGUGGUACUAGAUCUCAUUUUCCUAAUUUUUUAAAAAAAGAAGUCUUUUGUGAGCACACACACACACACCAAAUAUUGGAAAUGAAUUGAGGGAAAGUGCCCAAAGACCCACUUUAGAACACACCUCUCAUGUGGCCGUGCUGGGUGUAUUUACCACUUACUUCAUUUAGGUUCCUUAAGUUUUUGUUUCCUAGAAUUUAUUAUUUUCCCGAUGCCUAGUGAUCUCUACCUUUGCUAUGUCGACUUAAAGCUUUUUUUUUUUUUUAAAGUGGCUACUCUUAAUUUCUCAACUGCUAACAUAAUGACUCUACUUCCACCCAAACAGGGACAUGUUCCCCACUGCAGCAUUGGUGGAGCUCUAGUGAGCUGGCUUUUCCCUGGCUGUGGCUGGUGUUUUAUUUUCUCAAGCUUUCAUGGCCCCUGUGCACCUUUUGUACAAAUGUCUGUGGAGUUGUCCACAUGGUUCCUACUUUGCCUUCAGUUCCUCGUGUUUGAUGAUCUUCCCUUUUGAUAGGGCUUUCGAGCCAUCAAAGAUAUGGAAAGCAAAGCAAGCCCCUGCGAUCACAGUGGUAACUGCAUUGUGGCCCCUGGCUUGCUUGACCUUUAGCCAGCCCAGGUAAAGGUUUCUUCCCCUCGGAUGUUAUGCUAUUGCUGCUUUACAUACAGAUCCAGUUUCUGUUACCUAUGUAACCAGAAAAAAUAACCUGGCUUCUGUAGUGUGGUGUGUUAACAAAGAAGUGAUGCAGUUGCCAUCAUUCUGUUUACCCAGUAGAGUCUGAAGGACUCCUCACUAGGGAUCACUGAAGUCCUGUGAGUACUGAAGGUUGCAUUGCUUCCUUAGCUCUCAUAACAUGCCUCUGCUUUUGUAGUUGUACUGCAUUUGCCACUUUGCAUGUCAACAGUUCAUGAAAUGACAAAAGAAGUCACUUUAGUUGACUAGCGUAUUAAAGUUGGGAUUGCUUUGCAGCUGUC